AUGUGGCUACUCAUUACUUCUUGUACUGUAUUUUUAAUUUCAAAUAUAUGUUUGGCAACAAUUGAUAAUAAUUCAAAAAAUAUUAUUUUUCAAAAUGAACAGAUUCAACAAUGUAAAAACAUAGGAGAUAAUUGUCAAGAAAAUAGUGAUUGCUGUUCAGAUUUAAUUUGUUAUUCAAGUCAAGAAAACAAUCUUUGUUUACCAUCCACAUUGAAUUUGCGUUCAAAACAUGAUUCGGAAGAUUUUAUCAUUCCACCAUAUUACAAUCCAAGCAAUCAACUUUAUCCCUAUGGAAUUAGUAAACCUGCAUUGCCAUUCUAUAAAUCAAAACCGAGUCCCGACAGAAAAAAAAUGGAAUGGGAUCACUGUCAAUUUCAUGAAGAUUGUGGAGAUGGAAAUUGCUGUUAUGUGCAUUUUCGAUUUCGUAGUAUGCCAAAAUGGUUUUGUCGACCAAAUCGAAACGAUAUAACUGAACUAUGUUCACCUUUAACUAGAUAUCGUUCACUCAAAGAUGUCCCAGCUUGGAAACAACAACAGCAACAACAAUACCAACAGCAACAACAACAACGACGAUGA